UGACUUGCUCUAAAAAGUCAAUCAUAACAAACUUUUAGACUUGUAAAGGGUAAAACGCUUACAAUUUUUUUCCAAAUUUUUCAUAUAACAUCAAAAAUCAAAGUGAAAUAACAAACUGGCUACACAUUUGCAAAUUUUAUAAAAUCCUUUUCGGAGAUACCAUAAUUUGCAAGAAGUGAAGUUUACAACAAACGACAAAAAAAAAAUUGUGAGACAUAUUUUCAUAAACGGAAAAGAAUAGCAGAAUUGUUCAAAAACCUGUUCCAAAUUUCUUAAAAUUUUCGCAACAAGGAAAUGUAUCAAUUCACACAUUUUGAUAAGAAGCUCUGCAGAUUUUUGCGUCACAAAUUCGAUCUGGCCGUCGAUGAUUGCGAUGUCUAUUCGAUUUGGCAUUUUUGUCCCGGCACUCGCUGGAAGGCGAUGACGAAUUUCGUGAUGGAGAAUCCGUUGUGCCAGGCUGAAUGGUUUCCGGUCGUCUAUUGGGUUGUGCUGGCGAUCAGCACGCUGGGUUCGUUUUAUAGCCUCAGUGAAUUCACUAGCCUUUACUGGGGCAGUCGCAAGCGUGUCUCUAUGUGGCGUGCGCGUAAAUAUUACGUCAUACCCUAUUCGGUGCUGCGGAAAUGUCGCCUUGUCGGCUCAUUGGUGAUGCUGAACGCUUGGUUGCUGCUCUGGUAUGCAGUUAUAAAUGUGAGUAUUUAUAUUUCGCCCGGUCACAUGACGCCAUGGCUUACCAUCAAUAUGUUUGUGCUGAGCUUCGAACUGAUCGCUUGGUUGGUUGAGGUGUUGGUUGGCGCCACAAAAUUAGACCUGCACACCCUCUUCACCUUUGCCCUCCCCGUGGCGAACUACCUGUUUGUGCGCUGUGUUCGAAAUGUUUUUCAGAGUGCCAUCGAAACGAAUGAUGUCGACGAUUUGCGGCUGUGGAAACUUGGCUUCAAGUGAUGCUGUCACGUUGGUGUUAUGUACAAAUAAUCAAAAGCAAGAAAAGCAGUGUAGCCCACGAAAUAAAAGCUGCAUACAUGUGGACGCAUUUGUGCAUUUUUGUAAAUGUGUAGGUUAGCCAAUCAUUUCUAUGUGUGUGUGUAUUUGUGAUAGAUAUUUUUUACGUGUGCUUUUUUGUUAAUAACUGCUGCAGUUGUAGUGAAAUAAGUGGAGCAGAAUCAGGGGUUACACAAGUGGAAAACAUGAGAGGAUUAUAAGUUAAGGAAAACAUUUUGAUUUGUAAAAUUAUGUUGCGUGUGAAAUAUAAGUACUUG